AUGUCUCUCCAGCGAAGCCCGGUCGUCAAGAAGGGACGGACAAACACGCCGUGGACCCCUGCCGAAGAGCAAAGACUGAAAACUCUGCGAGACGCAGGCAGUAGCUGGAGUGAGAUUGCGCGGACUUUUCCAGCGCGAACGGAGGGCAGCGUGAAGAAGCAUUGGUACAAAGACAUGCACUACGCCGAGUUUGCGGAAGAUGAGAGCGCUGCGCUUCUACAAGCCAUCAAAGACUACGACAACAACAAGUGGAAGGUGAUUGGGGCGAAAGUGGGCAAGCCGGCGAAGGCUUGCGAACAGUUUGCAAAGGAGCAGGGUUGGAAGGUGUGA